AGUCAACACUAACGACAACAUGCCAGUUAUUAUAAUUUGCUAGGAAAUCCAAUUGCAAUUGAGACGUAAAACGUAUAAAACAAAAUUUAAAUCGAAAAAUGAAGAAAUAAAAGCGUGUGAAAAACUCAGGCGCGCGUCAAGGCGAACACGCUUGCCGUUGUCGAGGCCUUCUCCCACAACUCUGCUUCAAAUCAUUCUCAAUUGUACGCUCUCUCUCUCCUUCGUUUCAAUCUCACUCCCAUUUUUCCGAUCGUCAUUUCCAAGCAUAUUCCUCGCUACUCGGGAUUUGACAGAACAACUCCUUUUUCAGUCCCAAGAUUUAGUUUUUUUUGGGGCCCGCUUUUCUGUUCUUUCCAAUAAUUCCGACCGUAAAGCGACACUAAUGAUUUCGUGCACCUAAUUUGGUCGGACUGUGAGAAGAGGAAAAAAAUGGGAGGUUGUUUUAGCAAGAAAAAACCCCCUAGCCGCGAUGUGAACGGCUUCAGAUCAGAAAGAGCAACCAAUCAUCAAAAGGCACCAAUUGAUCUCCCCGAUCAAUCCGAAAACCGAGCCAUCAUCCCUGAAAGGCGGCAGCAUCAGCAUCAGCAUCAACAUCAACAUCAACAUCAAGCGCCGGCGCAAGCUCAGCCGCGGCCAAUUCCAUCUCCAUCUCCAUCUCCAUCUCCCCGCACUCCAUCCCGGCAGAAAUUGGAGGCGAAUAACAUAUUGGGGAAGGCAUUGGAGGAGGUGAAGUCCAAGUAUUCGAUCGGGAAGGAAUUGGGGAGGGGGCAAUUCGGGGUGACGUACUCGUGUACGGACGCGGCGACGGGGCUGCAGUACGCGUGCAAGUCGAUCUUGAAGAGGAAGCUGGUGAGCAAGAACGACAGGGAGGAUGUGAAGAGGGAGAUUGACAUCAUGCAGCAUUUGAGCGGCCAGCCCAAUAUAGUGGAGUUCAGGGGCGCCUACGAGGAUCGCCAGUCUGUGCAUCUCGUCAUGGAGCUCUGCGCCGGUGGGGAGCUCUUCGACAGGAUUAUUGCCAAGGGCCAUUAUUCCGAGAAGGAUGCUUCUGAUCUUUGCCGCCAGAUUGUCAAUGUGGUUGACCACUGCCAUUUUAUGGGGGUCAUGCAUAGGGAUCUCAAGCCUGAGAAUUUCUUGCUUUCCAAUAAGGAGGAGAAGGCCAUGCUCAAAGCUACUGAUUUUGGCCUCUCUGUCUUCAUUGAAGAAGGAAAGGUGUAUCGAGAUAUAGUUGGCAGUGCAUACUAUGUUGCUCCUGAAGUGUUGCGACGAAGUUAUGGGAAGGAAAUAGAUGUAUGGAGUGCUGGUGUUAUUUUGUACAUCCUCCUCAGUGGUGUGCCUCCCUUUUGGGCUGAAACUGAACAUGGCAUAUUUGAUGCUAUACUUAAAGAAAAAGUUGAUUUUGAUAGCGACCCAUGGCCUUCUAUAUCAGACAGUGCCAAAGACCUUGUUGGUAGAAUGCUAACAAAGGAUCCAAGAAAGAGAAUUACUUCAACAGAAAUACUGGAGCACCCGUGGAUUAAGGGACAAGCAUCUGACAAGCGGAUCGAUAGUGCAGUUCUAUCCAGAAUGAAGCAGUUCAGGGCAAUGAAUAAGCUCAAGAAACUUGCAUUAAAGGUCAUUGCACAAAGUUUAUCCACAGAAGAAAUUAAAGGUCUUAAAGCUACGUUCAUGAAUAUCGACACUGACAGUAGUGGCUCAAUCACUUAUGAAGAAUUGAAAUCUGGAUUGGCACGGCUUGGGUCCAAAUUGUCAGAAUUUGAAGUAAAGCAACUCAUGGAAGCUGCUGAUGUUGAUGGAAAUGGGACUAUCGACUACGAAGAAUUUAUCACUGCAACAAUGCACAGACAUAAGCUGGAGAAGGACGAGCAUCUGUUCAGUGCAUUUCAAUAUUUUGACAGGGAUGGUAGCGGCUGUAUCACAAGAGAUGAACUGGAAACUGCUAUGAAGGAGUAUGGUAUAGGGGAUGAGGGCAGCAUCAGGGAAAUAAUUUCGGAGGUGGAUACAGAUAAUGAUGGAAGGAUCAACUACGAGGAGUUCUGUGUAAUGAUGAGAAGCGGAACACAGCAACCUGGAAAGCUCUUGUAGAGGAUCAAGUCGGGGAUGGUGCUUCUUCACCGCGACCUCCACGAUUGAGUUAUGCUUUGAGUUUUUGAGGUAUUUACUUGAGAAAAAGCCUUGUUUUCUUCAUCUAGGCACAUAAGUUUUUUUAUGGUGUACUUUUGUAACAAGAGAUAUAGCAAGUUAGAAAUGUUUACGGUUUACAUAAGUUUUUCUUUUUUCGAAUGCUUUUAACAAAGCUAUUUCCAGUUAUUCAGUUAAUGAAUUGUUCUGGUCAGAAACAAUGGUAGAGAUAUUUAUUUCAUUAAUGGAGGAAUAAGGAAAUUGGGUUUGAUAGUUC